AUGAGAAGAGAGUAUCAAAGAAAUGGGAAGAUAGCUUUUCCUGGAUCUGGAAGACUGGGGAGGGAUGCCUCGGACGCAUUGCAUUAUUAUAGUUUGCAUAUCAAGGACGACAGUACUCCAAUGACAAUUGACAUUCUCCACUUAUACCUUGACCACAGAGACGCAGGUAACAAGUCCGUGAAGCCGUUCACGCCGUUCAACUCUCCAGCAAGUUCUUUCUCACAAAGUCUCGAACACACCUUGUCGUCAAACCCUUCUCUCCCCUGGGGAAGUUUCUCAUCUGGAUCAAAAUUAUCUGAUCAAUCAGCGAACAGUGGCUCGAAAUGGUUAGAAGGUGGGGUCAGCGUCACUACCGGAAUGUUUGCCUUUGGCCUUGAUGUUACCACUUUUCGCCUUUGA